GACUUGAUCCCUUCCGUAUGGAAAUAGCAAAAUUUGUGUAAGGCAACCACACUUGACAAUGCAAUGUGAAAAUUAUUUAUUCAUAGUCAGUUGUGCUAUCGCGGGCGGGCGAGUGUGACGCGUUUUGCUGUCCGAGUCAUUAUUAUGUGGCGAGAACGAAGUUCUGGGCGGUCGAGCGCCGGCUCCGAAGUGGGGAUGAUCGACCACCCUGCCUCCUCUCUGCGGAUGUCGGACAUACCCAACGUAGCUUCACUGAAUGUAACCAAUUCUCCCCAGUUCCAUCUGGGACCAAAGAUCUACAACGUCAACCAGACGAUUCACCAGAGCGAGGUCAUCAAAGGCCAACUCCUGGGCCUUGAGCUGGUGACGGCACAGUCCAGUCGGCGGCUGCGCUGUAGCGUAGCCGUAUUUGUAUGCUGGGCGUUCUUGGUGGCUGGCGUUUUAGCUUUCAUUGUCUUCUAUUUCGCGCUACAUAAGGAGCAAACCCGACUAGAUUUAGGUUUGAAUGAAGAGUGGUACCUCCGGCGCGGUGACUGGCAAGCCAUGCCUCCUUAUGCCGUAGAGUUCCUCCAGGAGCCUGUAAAGAACGUCAUCAUCGGCCACAGCGUCACCAAGUCCUGCACCGACAAGUACUCCUGCAUACAAACCGUGCUCAGCAUACAGCAAGACCACCUCAGGCGAGACUAUGCCGACAUAGGCCCCAACUACCUCAUCAGCGAAAAUGGUCUACUGUUUGAAGGCCGAGGCGCUAACGUAAAAGCAGCCAUGGUCAAGUUGUGGAACUCAAAAAGCAUUACAAUUAUGUUCCUUGGAAAUUACGUUCACGAUACAGCCCAACAAAUCCAAUUCGAUCAUGUAAAUAUUCUCCUUGAUAAACUCGUGAAGAAAAAAGUUUUGUAUCCGGAUUACGAUGUUUACGGACUUUGCCAACUUUCCACCUACGUAAUAAGUCCUGGCCCUGGAGUCAUGAAACAAAUGAGUCGCUUUUCACAUUGGAACCCAAUUGACGCUACAAAAUGUUUAUCCGAAUGAAUUUCCAUCGCAAUUUAUAUGGUAGAUUUUAGAUACGUUAGCCUAAACAUUACUGGAAGCACGGUUCCAGAUUCAUUUUAACAGUUUCUAGUUUUUGUAAUAGGAAGUCCGUGGAACUACACCAGCUGUGGUAAGGAAGUCUAUGCGUGAAUAGAUAGAAUAGCUAGGUAGUCUAGGUUUUUCAAUACGUCAAAAAUAAACACUUUAAUCGGGUCAAUUCAAAUAGAUAGAGCCUUGUUAUAUUAAAAAUUUGUAAGAGCUGUGGAUAUUUUCUUGCAAAUUAUUUCAGUUUAGGUAUUGGUUUAGUGGCUAUGAUUAGAUUCGUGCUUGUUGAUUGUUGCUCCGAGUUACCGAUUGAUUAUCCUUACUGCUAGGUAAGUAGGUACAUGUACGUCGUUUUAUUACUUAUUUAUUACUUACUAGCGGCCCGUCCCGGCUUCGCUCGGGUAAAAACAUAAUAAAUUAUAUCCCUAAACCUUCCUCAGGAAUACCUACCUAUUGGUGAAAACCGCAUGAAAAUUUUUGAAUUCAUCGCGGACAGACAGACGCCGUAGAGGACUUUGUUUUUAAUGUAUGUAGAUAAUUAUUUACAUACGCAUAUGCCUAGUAUGGCCUAUUCAUUUUUGUGUGAGAACUUAUAUUAUAAGAAUUAUGCAAUAAUUCAUUUGACAACAAACUUAUAAAAUUCUGUAAAUAUUUUGUUUCGAGUCCUAUAAUAGUACCACUCCCUAUCCCCUGUGUAUGUCGUACGAGGCGACUAAAGUUUAAUGGAAGGGCUAGACUAAAACUUAGGCGACACAGCAUUUCUAAUGAGGACUAACGUCAAGUUCAUUCAGGCCUAAAGACAGGGUCAAAAAUGUUUAAAUGUUUAUAUUUUACUUGGCUAUGUUCAUGAUUAUUAAUGUGAAUUUAUCCGUACCUGAUUUAUAUUUAUAUAGUCAUUAGAUUGUUUGUAUUGACAGGUAUACGUACAAACUAAAUUAAAAAUAAUAAACAGCCGAUUCCGAUUUGUUGGCAUCCUCUGAUCCUCUCAUUUGAAAAGAGCUGACGGUUUCCAAACGGCCAAACAUACAUUUUCCAAACAUAACUAAUAACACUUUCGAUUAAAGUCUCUUUCAAAUAAUCUAUCAAAAUCGGUACACGUUAAACAACUUCCAUCUGUCGUAUGGGACUAAAAAUAAUCGUUAUUGUAACAAAAUAUAUAUAUUUUUGCUUUUACAUUAAAGAUAACCAGAUUUUACCUUUAACAGUACCUCACUCUCAUCCAAUUUUGCCGCCAAUGCAUUGUUGUGUUCCGGUUUGAAGGAUGAGAGAGGCCAGUCUUAUUACAGGAUACUGUGGCAAAAAAUCCUAGGCCACAAAUAGAUUAUUUUUAUUGGUUUUCUAGGUUUAUAUUUAUUGAAGUAAAUGUAAUUUAAGUGCUCCACACAAUGCAUCAAGCAAACGUAAUGUUUAUGUUAUGUUUAUGUUAUGAGAUAAACAGCGUUUCAAUAUUUGAUAAGAACAUGCGUUGGACACUUGUUGUAAUUUAUAUUUUAAUCAAAUGAUUAGGUAAUAAUUAAUUAAAGAGUAAUAAUGUCAUACAUGUAUUAUAUUAUGUCUAAUGGAUAUUAAUGUAAGUAUAACAUACAUGCAACGGUGGUGGUCCAGGUCGCUUAGACGCCAACCAAAGGUCCAAGUUCGAAUUCUACUCGUGCCACAUGGUUUGUUUGCCAAUGUGACUCACUUUUUUCAUUUUCAUAGGCCACCAUUGACUUACGGUGAAUUAAAUCAUUGUGGGGAAACCUGCACACAGGUUGGCUAUUUAGUUCAAUAGUGCGUUUUCGAGUACUUUUCAUAAGACAAUCGGAAGUAUCCCUAAAAGUCAUGUCAUUUGUAUUUAGGCUUCUUGAAUAAGUCUGACACCUAUGUUAGCAACCAACAAACUUAAUAAGAAGAAUUUAAGCACAUAAAAAUAAAGGUAUAGAUUAAAAAUUAUUUAAGUAUAUAAGGUUUAAAACAACUACAAACUUAACUUUGUAAUAGUUCAAAAUAAGAUACUGAUUACACUGUAAAUAUAUUUUUUUAUUGAACGUCAAAAUUGUAAAUCAUAGGUAGUUGAUGAAUCUAUCUAUAAUGCCGCCAUUAUUAUGGGAACAAUGUUUCGGAUACUUAACUAGCGGACAGUCCCUGCUUCGCUCGUAAAUUCAUGAUAAAUUAUACCUUCCUCUUAAAUCGCUUUAUCUAUUUUAGAACCCGCAUUACAAUGCAUUGCGUAGUAGUAAUAAUACCUAGGGACAGACAGACAGCGGGAAAGGGAAGUAACUAUGUAUUCUAUGUAGUGUUUUAAUAAUAAGUAGUAAUAUAAUUAUAUAACAGUAACGAAUGUUAUUAAUUCGUUUUACUCAUGAAAGACUGAAUAAAUGUUUAUCUAUGUAUUGAAA